CUUUGCGACAUGAGCUCUUUUAUUCCGUAGGCCCAUUUCAGCUUUUCUUCACCUAUCCUGGACCUUCCCGCUGGCACUUUGGAUUCUAUUUCAUGAGUAGUUUUAAAAUAAUACUUUCAAACAUUUCCUGUCUAGUUAGUGAAAUUUGUGAUUAAUAAUAAUAAUAAUUAGCGCUCUUCAAUAGAUAAAUUUUACAAUAAGGAGUCGAUAAUAUGGAAAAAAAAGGAGAUAAAAAGAACAUGCAGUUCAAUGGUUCAGCACAAGAUAAUUGCACUAUCGAAAAGUUGCCUGACAAAGUGCUACUCCAGAUCUUUUCGUACCUCCCUCAUAAGGAAGUAGGACGACUGGCAAGGGUAUGCAAAAAGUGGAGAAUGAUAUCCAGUGAUUCCAGGCUGUGGACUCAUGUCUCGUUGAGACCAGAUGUCUCGGGGCUUCAUGUGACCAACAUAGAAACCCUCUUGGCUCUCAUUGCUGUGAGAUUCGGUCCAUCAUUACGAUACAUAGAGCUUCCUAUUGAACUGAUCACGCACACAGUCCUCCAGGAGCUAGCUUAUAAAUGUACAUCCCUAACCCACAUGCUGCUGGAUUUCUCUACCGCUAUGCAAUUGCAUGACUUCAGUGACCUUCAGACUUUUCCUAGUAGACUAAGAACAAUGUGUAUAUGUCUUUCUGAAGUCAUCUUUAUGGAAGGGUUCAUGCGGAAAAUCUACAAUUUUAUAAACGGUCUUGAAGUAUUGCAUCUAAUCGGAACUUACGAAAAGGUGACUGAAGAAGAAGAAGAAGUAUAUGAAGUAAUCAAUAUACAUAAACUAAAAAGUGCUGUUCCAAAUCUACGGGUGGUAAACCUAUAUGGGAUUAUUUUCGUCGAUGACAGUCAUGUUGAAGCUCUUAGCAGCAACUGUAUUCAGCUAGAAGCCCUAGCAAUCAACUUCUGCAAUAAAUUCACCGGGAGUACAUUGAAGCUUCUGUUACAAAGAUGCAAGAAAUUGAAGUGCCUCCUCAUGCAGCAAACUUCUCUCAAAAGUGAACACGUCAUGGCAGCUGAAUGGGAUAAAACUGUUCUCCAGGAGCUUGAUAUAACUGCUACAGAAUUAUCAACAGAAUGCUUGAUAGAUCUAUUAACUAGAAUUCCUGGUUUGCGAUAUCUUUCAGCGGGGCAACAGGAUGGCUUUACGGAUCAAGUGAUGAAAGAAUGGAUUGAGAAAGGUAAUAUCAAAAACUUGAUUGCACUUGAUUUGGACAGAAAUGAAAACAUAUCAGAGGAGGCUCUGACAAAGCUCAUCAAAAUGCAAGGACCGAUGCUGCGAGGUUUGGGAUUGUCAAAUAUACCUCACAUUACAGAACACUUUUGGAAUGCUAUGCUGCCAACUUUAAGGAAUUCUAGAAUACUCAUUAUGGGGAUGCCUGAAGAUUGCUGCCCGAAGAUAUCUCAGAAAAUCCACGUAGACUCUCUUAUGGAAUCUAUUGCGAAUAAUUGCCCAGGCUUAGAGCGCCUAGAAAUUCGAUGGGAUGCAGACACUUUGCGUUUUAGUGACAGAUCAAGCAAAGCCAUUGAUUUAGUAAGAGUUAAAUGCCUCCGGCUUCGGUGCAUGACUCUCGCAGAUGGCAAAUAUUUUGAAUUAGUUAAAUCCAAUUUCACACGUGCCGACAGAGGGACUGUGGUGAGGACUACAACAAACUGUAGAGUCACUCUUUGUUAUUUACUUUUGUAUUAUAAAGAUCUUUUAUUUAAUUGAUAUACUAGCAUACCUUUUCAUUACCCGAAUGUGAUUCAUCAUAAGUUUAUACUCAUUUACGUUUCAUUGCAUUGCUCAUAAUGCAGUUUGAAUUCGAAUGGAAUUACCUUUUUUCAUUCCUAUCAAAACGAUAUAGACAUGACAAUUCUUUCAGGUUAUGUCUAUUUAUGAUUAUACAAAACUAAAUAGAAAAACAAUUAUCAGAAAAUAAAGAGGACAUUUUCCAAUUAUUCAUAGAAUAAAUGAACGCAGCUCUUGCUUCGAAAUAAAUCUAAGUCGUACUACUUCCCUUAUUCGGAAACACUUCGAAGACAUUGUAAAGUAUAACAAAUGUUUUAUAGAUUUGUACGACAAUUUUUGUGAAUUCAAUACGUAUUUGUAUGCGUGAAACUGCCGUAUAAAUUUAUUUAUAAUAUAUCGAUAAAUGUUAUAUAAGCGAUAUUUACCAAUUUACAUUUAAUGCAAAUAAAAAGUUUGUAUAAAUAAAUUCAAGUCCCCUGUUACGAAACAGUGUUUUUAAAAUGACAUUCAUUUCAUUUUCUUGCUUCUAAAUUUAUAUUAGGUAGACAUUUAUGUCUUUCAAGUGAAGUAUGUUUUUUGCCAUACGAAACUGCUUAUUAUCUUUCAAAUAAUAGGGUCAAGAUACGUGAAAUAGUCUCCAAGAAGAAUGUUCUACUCCUAACUCCAUAUCCCAUUUCCAAAUAUCAUUUGUAACUACAUUUUUAUCUAUUUAGUUUCAUCUAUCAUGCUAAUUAUUCACAAUCAACAUAUCAAAUUUGAAAUGAAAUUGAAUACUGAGACACAUUGUUUGCAUUCUUUUGCAAUGCAAGCUCUUAAUUAUGCGUAAUGUACAGCAUAAAAUACGCCUAGAAAUAAAUGAAGGAUUUUGUUAACAACUAUGCAGUAACUUAAAUAUAUUGUUACUUAAUAUGCAUAUGUAAUGCUAAACAUUUUCUCUUCUGACAUGAAAAUUUUGUGAAAUUUCUCCAAUUUUUUUCCUACAGUAACACAUAGAAUUUCUUUUAUAUAGCAAUUCACUGAAAUGAAUUAUUAUAUUCAAAUCAGCUUUUGAAGUUUAAAUAUGUCAUAAAAGUAUUGCAUAGACUGAUAUAAUCAACACAAUUGAAUAAAUUUCUCAGUAAUCUUAGAAUUUGCUUUCUUUGUAUAUAAUUUGAAAUACACUCUAUCUUUUCUAUUUUUUAUUACACAGUGAUAGAAAUAACGUUGUUGUAACAUCUCCGUGACCCCCCCCCAAAAAAAAAAUUCUAUUUUCCUCGGAAAUUUGGAGGUUUUUUUUUUUUUUUUUUUUUUUUUUUUUUUUUUUUUUUUAAGUCCUAGUUUUCAGAGGAAGAGAAAAUGGACUUUCCUCGGAAAAAUAGCUAUUUUUAUGAUUUGUAUUCACAAUAUUCUGGAAUCGUUCUUCUUUUAAAUUAUGUCAUUUCAAUAAAUAUUAUAUAUAAGA